GCAAACCACUGGAUAGUUCUGGGAAUGAUGGUUUGUUACUGGUACAAAUCAAUUCUAAGUCUUCUGAAUAUCCAGAGCCAGACCAUGACGAUGGGCAGUUUUCAAAAGAGGAUGGUUGUUGUCCAGAGCUUUCCAGUCCUAAUGUUGUAAUGCCUGAAGAUGUGAUUACUCUGGAGAAUGAAAACAAACUACCUGAUAUAAAUGUAUAUCAACAGAAGAAAACUUUGGCUCAAGGGAUGUUGGACCUAGCAUUGUUAACUGCCAACGCAAAUCAGCUACGUUACGUCAUAGACGCAGGAUAUAUGCAUGAAUACUAUUAUACCAAUUUGACUUUAAUCGCUGCCAGUGUUAUCUUGCAGAUUUCAGUAGGCAUGCUAUUGCUGUGGAACAGUACAUUCAACAUAAACAAACAACACCACAUUGUCCCAGCAAAUACAAUAAACAAUUUUACAACCUCAGGAAUCUUUCUAAUAACUGUAAUUAAUGUGUUUAUUUCAGCAUUUGGUUUACCAGACAGAUCAAUGGUUUUAUCUAGUCAAAUUGUAACUAAAGGGAUGUUGCAAACAAUAUGUAAAGAUAAUUUUGAGUUACAAACAAACGCAACAAAUUAAAACAUUAAGUUUGAUGACAAAACUACCUAUUGAGAGAGUGCUAUAUUGAUUGUUUUUGUAUUAAUUUUAUGGUUUUGGUUUUUUACCAUUAAGGUAAUUGAUUGUGCAUUUGAUUUAAUUUUAACCUUAAGCAGUUAUACAAAAUAUAAUCUUGUAACAUUCAUACCAUAGCUAGAAUAGUAUUGGCAGUAAUAAAUAAUAAUAAUAAAUAUAUGUUUUAAAAAUAAAUAUAUGUUAGAAAUAUAAUAUUGACUUAAAAUACACUAAAUAUUGAAACAAAAUGAUCUUGGAGGAAGCUUGAAUAAAGUAUGUAACUAGUACUUGUCCUGCAGACAAUACAAAAUUUAUUACACCUGCCAGUGCAGCACAAGUAACCCAUUACUUCUGACAAAAUACCUGAUUUUUAACACUUCAUGCAAAAUAAGUAAAUUUUUAUCAAAAUUUUAUCAUGAUAGUGAUAAAAAUAGAUAGAUUUAUAUGAAAUGUACCAAAGAAAUAAUCAUCAUCAAAACCAGGCCAAGUAUAAAUUUUCAAUGAGUUUAAUUUGCAAAAAAUGAUGUGAAAGGUUGAACACAAUACGAGUUAAGCAAAUCAAAGUAACUUUUCAAGAACGUUGAAAAAUUCCCUAGAAAAUCAACUCCAGCCCCAGGCUUAUUACCCUAAAGAUAUUAGGAAACACUGUGGCUUAAAUACCAGCAUUGCUUAGGCUUUAUAUCACAGGAUAUUUAAAUUUUCAAUGUUAAACAGAUAACUCUGUUUAUAAUUUUAAAAAUAUACCCGCAAACGUAACCAAAGCAAGAGGAUCUAUUCAAACUACAAUUUUUAGUUUUUAAAAGACUCUUCCAAUCAACACGAUUUGAAUUUUCAGUUGAAAUAGGCUAUUCCAGAAAACCACACCGUACAGUCUUAAACAUAUGUGGGACUGGAUUUUUUUGCAUUUCACUUCUCAACUGUAAAAAAUUAUACCAGCAGACCUUUUGCAAUAUUAAAACAAAGUAUCAUGUAUUCUGGCCUUUGACAUGACAAAACUAUGUGAAGAUAUCAUGUCUAUGAAAAAAUUGAUUUAUAUGUAAUGAUUAAAAUGAUUUAUUUUGUGUUAUUUUAGAUUUUAAAAAUCAAUAAUUAAAUGUGAUUGAUUAUAAUUUUGAAUUAAUGUUACACUUACUUACACUAGUUUUCUAAAUUGUUAUGAAUUAGAAAUAAUAAAUAAAAUAUGUUAGCAAAACUA